CCAGGAGGUGUUUCGGUCAGCCCUGACCUGUACCUGCAAGUCAAAGCGCAGGGCAAAGCCUUCCCUGGCAAACAGAAUGAGGCAUUUGACUUCCUGGCAACAAAUUACGCCCUCGUCGAAACGGGGAUUCGCGGGUUCGCGGGGAGCAGCUAUCCGGGCUCGGUGACGCUAGCUGGGAAUGAGCUAACGAGCCCAGCGGGGCGGACCGUUCGUCUCAUUUUGGCGUGUUUCGGCUCCAAACGGGAAAACUUCAAGGAGCUUGUCCCCACGGUCAAGGGUGUGAGAGUAUGCGGCUGGAGCCACGAGCGCUGUAGGAUGAAGAGCCCGCCCAACCGCACCAGGGACAUCGAGCGGCAAGCUGGCUACCUGAGGCCCGAGCACUGCGCCCCUCCCCCGCCGCGCAGCGGCUCGGACACCAUGUGGUUCAUCCGCGACGGCUGCGGCAUCGUGUGCGGCGUCAUCACCUGGAUGCUGGUCCUCUACGCCCAGUUCGUGGUGGUCUUCGUCAUGCUGCUGCCGGCCAAGAACGUGGCCUACAGCCUCUUCAACGGGGUCAUCUUCAACGGCCUGGCCUUCCUCGCCCUCGCCUCUCACGCCAGGGCCAUGUGCACCGACCCGGGGGCGGUGCCGAAAGGGAACGCAACCAAAGAAUUUAUUGAAAGCCUGCAGCUCAAGCCAGGACAGGUGGUGUACAAAUGUCCCAAGUGCUGCAGCAUCAAGCCCGACCGGGCUCACCACUGCAGUGUUUGCAAACGCUGUAUUAAAAAGAUGGACCACCACUGUCCCUGGGUGAACAACUGCGUGGGAGAGAACAACCAGAAAUACUUUGUGCUCUUCACGUGCAGCAGCUUCUCUCCUCCCUCAACAGUCAUCCUCCUCAUCCUCCUCUGCUUUGAGGGUCUCCUCUUUCUGAUCUUCACUGCAGUCAUGUUCGGGACCCAGGUCCACUCCAUUUGCUCCGAUGAAACGGGUAUCGAACAGCUAAAGAAAGAGGAGAGAAGAUGGGCCAAGAAGUCGAAGUGGAUGAAUAUGAAGGUGGUGUUUGGCCACCCUUUCUCUAUAGCCUGGCUCAGCCCCUUUGCAACACCCGACCACGGGAAGGCAAACAUGUACCAGUAUAUAGUGUGAAAGCUGCUGUGCACACUCGCUGAUCUGUCCUCACCUGGGCACCAACUCCACAUUUUCCCGUCAUGAAUUCGGAACACUUUUUUCCCCCUUUUUUAUUUUUAUAAGUGUAAUCGAUCUCCAUCUUAUCAUUUUACACUUGGUGCUGACUGAGAUCAAUACUUUCUGCUGUGUCGCCGUACGAGGACGAGAGAAACACCACAAGUAAAACUCCUGACAGAGGACUGAACUCUCUCCGUAAAUGAGUGUCUUGUGUCUGAUCAUCCCCUUCUUUCUUAGACAAAUCCUGUGAACUGAAGUCUUGAAAGUUUUCACAGGAGACGGACGCCCGGCUUUGUCUUCCUGUUGACGCCCUCACCAUCCUCUCACUUCACUUGCUGGAUCAGUGUCUAUUUGCUCAAUGCUGCAGAUGUGUUUUGCCUUAGAGCAGUGCAAUAGUGAGCAGUGGCAUCCAAUUGCUUUUAAAGGUAUUCCUUUUUUUGCCUUAAAAGAUUUUUAAUGGAUUAAAGAUUAUGGAAGGAAUACAUUUUAAGUCCGUUUUAGAAAGCUUUGACAUCAUUGCCUGUAACCCAUCCACCCCCCUCCCCCCUUUAUUUGGUACUCCACGAAAAAAGAACAAAUCAGACGGUUUGAUGACAAAGAACACAAAGUUAAAAGAUUCAACUUUUUGUUUGAGUUUAAUAAUUCACCCCCGACUGGAAACAUGUUGCCUACUGUGUAUAUUAGAUUCAUGGAACUGAGUAUGUUCUUAUUCUCCUGAGUCAGUCAUUUAAAGUUAAGACAGUGUUUUUAUUGUUUUUUUAAUUGAAAAUAAUCACAUGUUGAAUGAUUUAUGAAGUUUCUUAGUCACAGAUCAUAGUUGAAGUGCCAAAGGUACUUUCAAUUAAAAAACGGCUCUAUUUCCUGAAAAUGAGCAAUAUUGCACCAGGAAAAACUACAAACAAAAAGGCUGACGCAAGAUAAAUAAAGAAGCAAUACAACUACAGGCCCCCUGAUUUUCAAUAGUUUUGAUCACAUAUUGGAAGUUUUGAUAUAUGUAUACAACUUCAUACAAUUCUUCUCCAAAUAAAAUAGAAAAAGGACGUUAAACUUAAUUUAUCGAGAUCUUUUCAGAAAACAAAGUUACAAAGAGUUGGUGCAAUGUCAACAUGAACCGGACUUUGGUUCUAAAAGUGUUUUUGUGCUUCAGUUAAAGGAUCCGCCCAGCAGUCAAACCAGCAUCUUUCUGACUCCACUCUGUGAUAACCACCACCAGCUCUGAUGGGAAUUCAGGGACUAAAGCAAUACUCUUUGCUCUCUGGAUGCACUGACCCUAAGUGUCAUUCACUUGCUCUCAGUAGAUGGAACUUGCUUGUGUAUAUUCCAGUUUAUCAGAAGUUACUGGCUGGAAGAAAAAACUAAAGCUUUACAGGAUAAAAUUCUGAGUUGCGAUGGGUCAGUAGAGAACCUUCUUCCUGACCUCAAAGACUCGACAUUCGCGUUUUGCCUGUUAAAGCUGUAAAAAGCUUUAGAUUUUCCUGCCAGUAGUGAGAAUUUGAUGCUUGUAGGACGUGAACCACUUCAGAGCUUGUGAGACUAAAAAUGCCUUUUGCUGUAUGCGUUUGAAGGCCUUACUGUAGCCUAGUUAAAAACUUGCUUUCAAAGGUGACGAAAGGAUUUAUUUGAACAUGUGUUUUUGCCAAACUGAAUGCUGGAUGAGUGAAGGCUCUGAUGUUACUGUGUUAAAAGUGGAGCAUGGGCAAGAAUGAUACUGUCUUGUAGGUUUUCAAAUAUUUUUCUAACUGUCACCAUGAUAUGGAGAUACAGAGGUUUACACAUGCAGUACACCAGCUUCCCCUUUUUUUUCUUUUUCUAACUGUUGAACAUGUGGCCUGUGAUUAGCAUUUAAUAAUAUUUAGCAAAGUUGUGCAUCUGUUGGUUUCCUGUUUUUAUUGUGUUCUUUGUUGAAGGAGAAGAUUAAUAAAACUUGAUGACACUUACACU